GCAGUGCUAUUUAUAACACCACCCGAGUCCCCGAAGGAAGAACCACAUAUUCAUGAUAAUAGAAAAGUCAAGUCAUCCCCCGCCUUCUUGAACGACGAACUCGAAGAACACACGCCAGAAAGUCCAUCCCCCGUCAUCUCGGAAGAUAUUCCCAAUGAGCCCUCACCAGAAAGUCCAUUCCCUGUCAUUUCGCAAGGUACCCCCAAAGAACUCGCGCCACGAAGUCCAUCGCCCACCGCUUUAAAGGACAUCUUCAAAGAACCCACACCAAGAAGUCCAUCCCCCGUCAUUUCGGAAGCUAGCGUCAAAGAACCCUCACCCCGAAUAAGUCAACCUCGCACCAUUUUAAAAUCCGUUUUAAAAGAACCUACACCACGAAGUAGAUCCCCCGUCAUUCCGGAAGCUAUCGAAGAAAACAAUCCGAAUGCAUCCCCUCCACCUCCAGUCAAGAGCGAAGAACCAGUGCCGGAGGUUCUCCAGGCUUCCGUCAAGUCAAAGAAAGUUAUUCUCCCAGCCGAAGAGGGCGAAAACAAGCCGGAAGACACAGCAGCUCCUGAUGGAGACCAGAGACGAUCUGAACUUGAAGCACCAAUCCCGAAUAAAGGAGGACAGAAUCACCAUAAACUGGAUCACGUCAAGUUAAAAGGU